AUGAGUACUAGAAAACCAACAAAGUCAACAACGACAACACCAGCUGCCGUUGCUGCUACUGUUGCUCCAAUAGCCAAGAAACCACAAUUCGCAAAGAACUCAAAGAAUGUUGUAUUGGAAGAAGAACCAACUGUAGUUGUAAAGAAACCAACUACUACUACUACAGCACCAACAAAGAAUAUACUUGGUAAAAGAAGAGAACAAGAAGUAGUUGAAAAGGUUGUUGAAGAGGAAUUGUUUGAAGAUGAUAGUAGCGACGAAAUUGAAGAAGGUGACGAUGAAGAUGAUGGAUCAAUUGACGAACAAGAUGAUGAAGAUGAUGAAGAUAAUCUUACAACUGGUUCAAUCUCUACAUAUGGUGAACAAGACAGUAGUGAAGACGACGAUGAUGAAAGUGAAGAAGAAAAUAUUGAAGAUUUGGAUGACGAUGAUGGUAUCUCUGGUGAAAUCCCUUCAAAGUAUAGUAAUGAUCCAAAUCAAUUCUAUGAUGAAGAUAAUUCAUCUGAAGAUGAGUCAUUAGUAAAUAGAAUUGGUAAUGUACCAUUACAUUGGUAUGAUGAUUAUGAUCAUAUUGGUUAUGAUGUUGAUGGUAAUAAGAUUAUGAAGGGUGAACAAAAGGAUUCACUCGAUAAGUUUAUUGAUCAAUCCGAUCCAAACUUUUGGAGAACUGUUCAUGACAAGGUUAAUGGUAAACAAGUAAUUUUGACAGAUGAAGAAUUGGCAACUAUCAAAUCAAUCCAGAGACGUCAAUUCCCAGCAGGAUUUGACCCAUACAAAGAUUGGUAUGAUCCCGGACCCAACCCCGACAGCAUUCAUCCAUUGAGUGCUGCACCAACACCCAAGCGUUCGUUCUUGGGCGACAUCAACGACGAGAGAAAGAUCCGUAAGCUCACCAUAGCCAUCCGCAAGGGCUGGAUCAAGAUCCCCGACACGUCCAACGAAGAAAAGACCGACCAAGACGACGAGAUUAAGCGUACCAAGGCCUACGAUUUAUGGGCUCCCAAGACCGAGCAAGAGGUGGAGGAAGACGAAUUGCUCCAACGUACCAACCGUCGUAUCAGUCGUAUCCCUGCUCCCAAGACCAAGUUGCCCGGCAACGUCGAGUCGUUUAAUCCACCCGAAGAAUACCUACUCACUAGUCGUGAACUCAAGGCAUGGCAUAUGAUGAGUCCCGCACGUCGUCCACACAACUUUGUGCCACAAAAGUUCAACACCAUGUCUGACAUUCCAUCGUACAAUCGUUCCAUCAGAGAAAAGUUUGAGCGUUGUCUCGAUCUCUAUCUCUGUCCACGUGUCACCAACAUCAAAAAGAAGCCAACCGAUGUCAGUCACCUCUUGCCAAAGCUCCCCAAGCCACAAGAUCUCCGUCCCUUCCCAACCCACGAAGAACACCAAUUCAACGGUCACAAGGGUCGUGUACGUUCCAUCUCGGUCUCUCCCAACGGUCAAUUCUUGGUUUCAUGUGCCGAAGAUCAUACCGUCAAAAUCUGGGAAGUCAAGAGUACCAGAUGUCUCUUUACCUUGCAAUUGGAUGAUACCGUAUCUUGUGUUGCUUGGAAUCCAAACAAAUCAUUAAAUAUUAUUGCUGUUGCUUAUGAAAACAAGGUAGUUAUGAUUACACCAAAAUUAUAUGGACCAGUUCAAAAUGAAGAAACAGAAGCAAUGUUCCCCAAGACUCCAAUCCCACCUGAUCAAAAGGUUAGAUGGUAUCAAUUAAACAAAGAUAAUGGAAUUAGAGUUGAAGUUGAAUUUGAAUUUAAAAUUAAACAAAUUAGUUGGCAUUAUAAAGGUGAUUAUUUCAGUACCAUUUCACCAGAUGAUAAGAGUAAAUCUGUUCGUAUUCACCAACUUUCAAAGAGAAAAUCACAAGCUCCAUUCAAGCGCUCCAAGACCCCAUACCAAGUAUCUAAAUUCCAUCCAUCGAAACCAAUAUUUUUCAUUGCCGAUCAAAACAUUGUCAAGGUGUACGAUCUCUCGAAACAACAAUUGAUUAAAAAGGUUACCAUUGGAUCACGUUGGAUUUCAUCGCUCGACGUUCAUCCAAGUGGUGAUCACAUUUUGGUCGGUGGUUACGAUAAAAAGGUAUUCUGGUUUGAUUUGGAUAUGGCCAACGUAUACAAGGUACUCAAGUACCAUAGCAAGGCCGUCCGUCGUGUCGUCUACCAUCCAACACUCCCAUUGUUCUCAUCGUGCUCUGAUGAUCUUUCCAUUCAAAUUUUCCACGGUACCGUCUACUCUGACUACCUCCAAAACGCUCUCAUUGUACCACUUAAAGUCCUCAAGAAACACACUGCCUCUUCUGACGGUUUGGGUGUCCUCGAUAUUGUAUUCCAUCCAACUCAAGCUUGGAUUUUUAGUGCUGGUGCAGAUUCAACUAUUAGAUUAUUUGUUUAA